CGUGGAGAGCCUUAGAUUCUAAGUAAAAGAGUUUUAAUGAGUGAGACAUGCAGUGGGGAGUCACUGAAGAAUGAUGAGUAGGUGCGGCAUAUAAGAAACGUGUAAAGAGGAUGCAUGUGUGAAUGAAAGGAAAGACUAUGACAUGAUAGAUGCGAGAAACUGGAGGACAGUAUGAAAGAGAGGCAUGUUUCUUCAUCAGUAUACACUAACCCUGAAUCAAAAAGCAAAUAACCACACAAAAACAGAAGGCCAUCCUUUCUUUGAGUACUCUACUUUUGAUGACAGUGAAACUGCUUCAAGCUUUCCAGUACAAGUCUUUACAUAAAAAUACAGGCAUACCUUGGAGGCAUUGGUUCCAGACCAGAGCAACAAAGUGAACAUUGCAAUAAAUGACAAAUGGAGGAAGAAGAAGACAUGUCAACGUAGGUAAGCCAUAACCAGGUUAUGUGGACUUUGAAAAGCAGAGAUGAGGAGGACGAUCUCGAUUCUGAGUCUGGAAGGAAUCAUUGGAAGAGUUCUGUAGAUGGAAGUCACAAGUCCUAGAGCACCAGCUGGUGAGCAAUGCACAGUGAAGACUUGUAACCAACAUAUAUCAUGAAGAUAGCCACAGUGCCAAUACUUCUGACCCUGGCUCUUUGCCUCAAACAAGAUGCUGCCAGUAAGAAUGAAAAUCAGGAAACAUGCGAUGAAUUUCGGGUAUUGAUGAAAAAUGGGAAGUUAUUCUGUUCCCAGGUUAAAAAUCUUCAAAUCCCCGAUGGAAUAACGUUCCUUAAGAGAUGUGCAAAGUGCAAAAUAAUACUGGAAGAAGAAGUGCAAUCCCAGAAAAGGGCUAGGCAUUUAGGAAGAGCCAUCAGAGCCACAGCCCCAGCAAAGUUGAAUUGCGAUGAUUUCAAGAAAGGAGAAAGAGAUGGGGAUUUUAUCUGCACCCUUGAUAAUGCAGCUGUUUGUGGCACGGACGGAAAAACGUACAGCAACAGAUGUGUGCUGUGUGCUGAGAAUGUUAAAACCAGGUCCCAAGUUGGCAUAAAAAAUGAAGGAGAAUGUGAAAACAGUAAUCCAGAGCAGGAUAUAUGUAGUGCCUUUCGGCCUUACGUGAAAGACGGAAGACUUGGAUGCACAAGGGAAAAUGAUCCAGUUCUUGGUCCUGAUGGAAAGACACAUGGCAAUAAGUGUGCGAUGUGUGCUGAGCUGUUCAUAAAAGAAGCUGAAGAAAAUGCCAAGCGACAUGAUGAAACCAGAAUUCGACGAAGUGCUGAAGAGGAUUUUUGCAAGGAAUAUGAAAAGCAAGUGAGGAAUGGAAGACUUUAUUGUACACGGGAGAGUGACCCAGUCCGUGGCCCCGAUGGAAAGAUGCAUGGCAACAAAUGUGCCCUGUGUGCCGAAGUUUUCAAACAGCGUUUUUCAGAAGAAAAAGAUAAAGCAGAUGAAAAUCUGAGAAAGGCUGAAGAAAAAAUUAAAGUUAAAAGAGAAACUGAGAAACUCUGCAGUGAAUAUAAGGAUCAUGCAAAGAACGGAAUACUUUUCUGUACCAGAGAAAAUGACCCUGUUCGUGGUCCGGAUGGAAAAAUGCAUGGCAACUUGUGUUCCAUGUGUCAAGCCUUCUACCAAGCAGAAGCUGAAGAAAAGAAAAAGGCAGAAGAAAGAAGUAAGAGAGAAUCUGGAAAAGCAACUUCAUUUGCAGAGCUGUGCAGCGAGUACCGCAAGCUUGUGAGAAACGGAAAACUCCCAUGCACCAGAGAGAAUGACCCCAUCCAGGGCCCAGACGGGAGAAUGCACGGCAACACCUGCUCCAUGUGCGAGGCCUUCUUCCAAGCAGAAGAAGAAAAGAAAAAGAAAGAAGCUGAAUCAAGAAAUAAAAGACAGUCUGAGAACACAACUUCUUUUGAGGAGUUGUGCAGUGAAUACCGCAAAUCAAGAAAGAAUGGACAGCUUCUCUGCACUAGAGAGAAUGACCCCAUCAAGGGCCCAGAUGGGAAAAUCCAUGGCAACACCUGUUCCAUGUGUGAGGUCUUCUUUCAACAAGAAGAAAGAGCAAGAGCAAAGGCUAAAAGAGAAGCUGUAAAGGAACUCUGCAGUGAAUUUCGGAACCAAGUGAGGAAUGGAAUGCUUAUAUGCACCAAGGAGAAUGACCCUGUCCGCGGCCCAGAUGGCAAAAUGCACGGAAACAAGUGUGCCAUGUGUGCAAGCGUGUUCCAACUUGAAAAAGAAGAGAAGAAGAAGAAUGCCAAGGAAGGAAAGGAGAAAGUUGAAACUGAGAAAGUGAAGAGAGAAGCAGUACAGGAGCUGUGCAGUGAAUACCGCAACUAUGUGAGGAAUGGACGACUUCCCUGCACCAGAGAGAAUGACCCCAUCGAGGGCCCAGAUGGGAGAAUCCAUGGCAACACCUGCUCCAUGUGUGAGGCCUUCUUCCAGCAAGAAGCAAAAGAAAAAGAAGAAGCUGAAUCCAGAAUAAAAGUUAAGAGAGAAGUUGAAAAGGAUACGUGCAGUGAAUUUCGAAGCCUUUUGCAGAAUGGAAAUCUUUUCUGCACACGAGAAAAUGAUCCCGUGCGUGGCCCAGAUGGCAAGACCCAUGGCAACAAGUGUGCCAUGUGUAAAGCAGUCUUCCAGAAAGAAGAUGAAGAUAGAAAGAGAAAAGACGAGGAAAAUCAGAGAAAUGCUGCAGGGCAUGACUCCAAUGGUGGUGGAGGAGGUGGCGGAGGAGAGAAGGCUCAGGACCAAUGUUCUGAGUUUCGGGAAAAAAUGCAAAAUGGAAAACUCAGCUGUACCCGGGAGAAUGAUCCUGUACGUGACGCUGGUGGCAAAUCGUACAUUAAUAAGUGUACCAUGUGUAAAGAGAAACUUGCCUUCAUCAUAGACAAUCAUGCCUAUAUCCUAGGGAGCAUUCGUGAUGGUCAUUUGGAAGAGUUGACCAGCAUAGUUCAUGUGUAUGGAGCACAUUUAUUGCGCAAUCCAGGGUGUGUUCCUUCUAUCAACAUCACGUGGCUUGCUUCAAAUAAGUAUUCCGGCUAUAAAUCCAAUGGAACUGAAUCAGCAUUAGGAAAGGAUAUGUGUGAUGAGUUUAGAGGCCAAAUGAAAAAUGGACAACUUAUUUGCACCCGAGAAAGUGACCCUGUCCGUGGUCCAGAUGGCAAGACACAUGGCAAUAAGUGUGCGAUGUGUAAGGAAAAACUGGAAAGGGAAGCAGCUGAAAAAAAAAAGAAAGAGGAGAAUAGUGUGAGAAAUACAGGGGAAAAGAACAAAGAAAAACAGGAUCAGUGUCAUGAAUUCCGGGGCAGGGUGAGUCAAGAUGGAAAGCUCAUCUGCACCAAAGAAAAUAAUCCGGUUCGAGGUCCAGAUGGCAAGAUGCACGUCAACAAGUGUGCAAUGUGUCAGAGCAUCUUUGAGCGAGAAGCUAGUGAACGAAAAACGAAUGAUGAAGACAAAUCACAUGCCAAGCCUUCAAAAGAUGCAAAGGACCAGUGCAGAGAGGUUCAGAAGGAAGCGAAGGAUGGAAAGCUUAGACAGUCUGGGCGUUCCUUGGCCACCAUUGCCAGGAUAAGUGCAGACGAGUGCAGUGACUUUCGGAAGUAUGUGAGGAAUAACGAGCUUGUGUGCACUCGCGAGAAUGAUCCCGUGCGUGGUGUUGACGGAAGGUUUUAUAAAAACAAGUGCUUCAUGUGCAGAACUAUCUUUCAAAAAGAAGCUUUGGAAAGGGCAAGACUGCAAGAGAAGACACCCCACACGAGAUAUUACAAAGAGAAAGACAGCUCAGAUCCCCCCAAUUCCUCUCUGGAUUCUGAGAUGUGCAAACACUACCGAGUAUUGCCCAAGAUGGGCUACCUUUGCCCAAAGAAUUUACAGCCUGUCUGUGGUGAUGAUGGCCAGACAUACAAUAAUCCCUGCAUGCUCUGUCAUGAAAACCUAAUACGCCAAAGUAAUACACGCAUACGCAGUGAAGGGAGGUGUGAGGAGACUAGCACCCCGGGAACAACCCCUCUCAGCGUGCCAGCGUCUGACAAAUAAUGCAAGGAUUGGUGAAAGCCAUGAGGGAAAAUGUAUGCCAUAAUCCUGAAUUGCCUACUUUCACCAUCUGCAUAUAAAGAAUUCUUCAGGGCUCAUCUCAUUUGCUGUAAAAACGAUAACAAUAGAGAGCUGUUGGGGGAAUGGACUCACUGACUUUCAGUCUUCUCCGUCUCUUUCCUCCUAGAUUCUGUGAUCGGAGGGCACAGAGACACCUCUACCUGGUCUGGGCUCUGCAGACUUCCUCAUCACAACGCUGUCUGUCCAUUUACUUGUUCAAUAAAAGUAAACCCAGCAGAACACCCUUUUUGGGACUUCUUUGCCACUACCUGGCUAGUAGAAAAUUGUUUUUGUACAGAAGCUUAAUAAACUCUACCCUUUUGUCUUGCUAAACCCAGUGGUGGACAGAAAAUGCUCCCUUUUUUCAGAUUCAAGUUGCCAUCAUAGUUGGGAACUGAAGUAGGGAGAUAUGGGCUCCUAGGUAGCCAAGAGCUAUGUAAAGCCAAUCAGCUAUGACUCAACCUCACCUUCACUAUCUGUCAUCUUAACCAGCAACUCUAUCCAGUGUCUCUGUUUCCAUGAAUAGCAAAACUAUGUCUCAGUUCCAUAGGCCCCAUCCCAUGACACAAACCAGUAAUUUCACAUAUCCAUUCAUAUUGCUGCCUCUUGACAAUGUCCUAUGUCAGGGCCUUAGUCCCAUAGUCUGGGAGAAGACUAAGGAAAUGAGAGUUCCCAAUGUCUGUGUAAGUCCCUAGAGCAGCCCUGUCCAAUAGCAGUAUAAGACGAGUCACAUAUGUAAUUUCAAAUUUUCUAGUAGCUACAAAAGAAAUGGGUAAAAUUAAUUUUAAUAAUAUUUUUAAUUAACCCAACAUAUUAAAAAUAUUAUUUCAAAGUAUAAUCAAUACAAACUUUUUUUUUUUUUUUACUAAAUCUUUGACAUUGGUAUGUUUUUUAUACUUAUAGUGCAGCUCAGUUUGAACCAGCCACAUUUUAAGUGCUCAGUAACCAUAUGUGGCUAGAGGCUACUAAAUUAGACAGUAAGGGUGGGAUGAAACAACCGAUAACUCUGUCAUGCUCAGAAUCUUGCUCCUGGUGUCCCGUGACAGUGCCAAGAUACGUUGUUCACUUUCAGCAUCUGGUCUGGUGCUGAACAGACUCUAGCGGAAGAAAGCCUAUGGAGAAUCCAUCACGGUUCAAGUUCUCAGCUACAGAAGAACUGUGCCCGGAAGGGCAGGCCUACUUGGAUUUGGGAAGUUAAUUUUGCAUCUUUUCCCACUGCCCUUUUUGUAUUAAAUAAAUUGUCACUAGGCCAAUUUAGUAAUAGUUGGAUUUAGUAAUCUUUGUCCCUUGUAACUGAGUAAAAAUAAAUUGGUUCUUACGCUUU